CACGAAAAUCAUGAGACCCAUCAUGGGAUCGUGUAGCAACACUCUUUAACAGCAGCGUUUUGGGUCACCGGGUCUUGCAUUAUGGCUGUAGAAACAAUCGCCAGUGACUGGGAAUUUGACCGUUUUGACGACGGUUCACAAAAAAUACACACAGAGGUUCAACUCAAGAACUACAGCAAGUUUCUGGAGGACUACACCUCCCAGCUGAGGGGUAUUGAGGAAGCUCUGGAUGACUCCAUAGGAGAUGUGUGGGAUUUCACUCUGGACCCCAUCGCCCUGAAGCUUCUCCCGUACGAGCAAUCAUCUUUAUUGGAGUUAAUUAAAACAGACAACAAGGUUCUGAACAAAGUCAUCACAGUAUAUGCUGCUCUCUGUAGUGAAGUAAAGAAGCUCAAGUAUGAGGCAGAAACCAAGUUCUACAAUGGCUUAUUGUACUAUGGAGAGGGAGUGUCUGAUACCAGCGUUGUCGAAGGAGAGUCCCAGAUACAGAUGGGCAGAUUUAUCUCAUUCCUUCAGGAACUUUCCUGUUUUGUGACAAGAUGUUAUGAAGUGGUGGUCAACAUUGUUCAUCAACUGGCUGCCCUCUACAACAGCAACAAGGGUGCAACAAAAGUCAUUGAGUCGUCAGGUGUCCAUUUUCAGACAGUGUACGAACACCUCGGGGAGUUAUUAGUGGUUCUGCUCACACUCGAUGAGAUCAUGGAGAAUCACGGCACACUAAAAGAUCACUGGAAGAUGUAUAAAAGGUUGUUGAAAUCUGUGCACCAUAACCCUGGGAAAUUUUCCAUUCCUGAAGAGAAACUGAAACCAUUCGAGAAGCUGCUGCUCAAGCUCGAGGGACAGAUGCUGGAUGGCAUGAUACUGCAGGCCUGUGUGGAGCAGAGAUUCGACGAUCCGGGGGAAGGAGUAUCUGUUGCCAAAAACAGUGCCUUUGCAGAGGAGUUUGCCCUCAACAUCCGCACCAUAUUCACCAAUAUUGAGUCCAAAAUUGGGGAACCUUCGGAGAUUGACCAGAGGGAUAAGUAUGCAGGUGUCUGUGGCCUCUUUGUGCUUCACUUUCACAUCUUCAGGAGUGUUGACAAAAAGUUCUACAAGGCGCUGCUGGAUGUUUGUAAAAAGGUUCCAGCUGUCACUCUUACUGCUAACAUCAUCUGGUUUCCCGACACUUUCCUCAUCGCUAAAGUCCCAGCUGCAGCUAAGCUGAUGGAUAAGAAGAGUCUACAGGCCAUCAGAGCGCAGAGAGACGCCUACCUGCAGCAAAGAGCUGUGACACUAACAAAGGAUGUUCAGUCCUACUACGUGUUUGUAACUUCCUGGAUGAUGAAGAUGGAGUCCAUCAUAUCCAAGGAGCAUAAAAGUGAGAAGUUGGCAGAAGACCUGAACAACAGGUGCAAUGUGUUUGUACAGGGCAUUCUGUAUGCAUACAGCAUCGGCACCAUCAUUAAAACCACCAUGAACAUGUACAUGUCGAUGCAGCGGCCCAUGACCAAGACUUCUGUCAAAGCUCUGUGUCGACUGGUGGAGUUGCUCAAGGCUGUGGAGCACACGUUUCACAGGCGCUCCAUGGUUGUAGCAGACUCUGUUUCUCACAUCACUCAGCAGCUGCAGUCGCAGGCCCUCAACUCCAUCGGCAACGCCAAGAAAAGGGUGAUCUCAGAUAAGAAGUACAGUGAGCAGCGGCUGGAUGUGCUAUCCUCUCUGGUGAUGGCAGAAAAUGCUCUGAGUGGACCCAGCACAAAGGAGCGGCGCCUCGUGGUGUCUCUGGCACUGUGUGUCGGCACGCAGCUGAAAACGUUCAAAGACGAGGAGCUGCUUCCACUGCAGCUCGUGUUGAAGAAGCUGGAUCUGAUCAGCGAGCUGAGUGAGAGGGUGAAGCUGCAGUGUGACUGUAGUUUCCUUUACUGGCACCGAGCUGUGUUCCCUAUCUACCUCGAUGAUGUGUACGACAACGCCGUGGACGCAGCACGAAUACACUACAUGUUCAGCGCUCUGAGGGACAGUGUGCCCUCCAUGCUGCACGCCAAACACAUGGAAUCAUGUGACCAGCUCCUGGAGAGUUACGACAAGGAGAUCAUGGACGUGUUCAACGAGCACCUGCUGGACAAGCUGUGUAAGGAGAUAGAGAAGGACCUGCGUCUCUCUGUCCACACACACCUGAAGCUGGACGACAGGAACCCUUUCAAAGUCGGCAUGAAGGACAUGGCACACUUCUUCUCCAUCAAACCUAUCCGAUUCUUCAACCGCUUCAUCCUCAUCAAAGCCUAUGUGACCCACUACCUGGAUAAAACCUUCUACAACCUAACCACUGUGGCUCUGCACGACUGGGCCACCUACAGUGAGAUGAGAAACCUCGCCACGCAGCGCUAUGGACUCACGAUGACGGAGGCCUACCUGCCCAGCCAGACUCUGGAGCAGGGUUUGGACGUUCUGGAAAUCAUGAGGAACAUUCACGUUUUUGUGUCACGCUACCUCUAUAAUCUCAACAACCAGAUCUUCAUAGAGAAAGCCAGUAACAACAAGCACUUGAACACCAUCAACAUCCGUCACAUCGCCAACUCCAUCCGGACCCACGGCACAGGCAUCAUGAACACCACGGUCAACUUCACCUACCAGUUCCUGCGGAAGAAGUUCUACAUCUUCAGUCAGUUUAUGUACGACGAGCACAUCAAAUCCAGACUCAUUAAGGACAUCCGCUUCUUCAGAGAAACUAAGGACCAGUCGGAUCAGAAGUAUCCAUUUGAGCGAGCGGAGAAGUUUAACCGCGGGAUCAGGAAGCUGGGCAUCACUCCGGACGGGCAGAGCUACCUGGACCAGUUCAGACAGCUCAUCAGCCAGAUUGGUAACGCUAUGGGCUAUGUGCGAAUGAUCCGCUCUGGAGGCCUUCACUGUUGCAGCAGUGCCAUCAGGUUUGUCCCUGACCUGGAGGACAUAGUGAACUUUGAGGAGCUGGUGAAGGAGGAGGGGCUGUCAGAGGAGACCCAGAAAGCUGCUAGUGUCCUAGAUUCAGUUUUGGGAGAUCUGACCAGCAACUCUGCCGAAGGGACGGAGUACUUCAAGAUGCUGGUGGCGGUGUUUGCACCUGAGUUUCGCAGCGCCAAGAAUAUGCACCUGAGGAACUUCUACAUGAUCGUGCCGCCUCUGACGGUGAAUUUUGUGGAGCACUCCAUCAGCUGCAAAGAGAAACUCAACAAGAAGAACAAAACUGGAGCUGCUUUCACAGACGAUGGCUUUGCUAUGGGCGUGGCGUACAUCCUGAAGCUGCUGGACCAGUACCUGGAGUUUGACUCUCUGCACUGGUUCCAGGCGGUCAGAGAUAAGUACAAGAAAGAGAUGAACGCUGUGGUGAAGGAACAGAGCGUCCAGUCUGCCAGCCAGGACGAGAAGCUGCUGCAGACUAUGAACCUCACUCAGAAGAGGCUGGACGUCUACCUUCAGGAGUUCGAGUUGCUCCACUUCUCGUUGAGCAGCGCUCGGAUCUUCUUCAGAGCGGACAAGACCGCCGCCGAGGAGAUUCAGGAGAGGAAAGAUAAAGAAGUAGCUUCCAAAGCAGGAGCUCUUUCAGAUGGAUCGACCCCCGCUGACCCUGCAUCAAAGUGACCCCCCCCCCUUAACAGCAGACUCAUAACCUGAGUACUGUGACAUGGCUAGAAGAGGAAGUGGGAAGAGAAGAUCUACAGUAGCGGACUGCACUGAAACGUGUGUAGUUCAGGGACAAACAGACAAUUGAAAGACAUUGGUAACGUCCCAUGAUAAAACAAUCAUCUUAAUUUGAGAAUGUGCGAUUUUGUUUCCAUUGUACAGAAAACAUCAAUGUAAAAUCCCAACAGCUUCGAAAUGUCUUCUUGAAUUUGUAGCAUUUAUGCAAACGACUGCAAUUUGAAAAAAUGGAAUUGCAACAAGUGCAAGGUAAAAUUGAAGGCUUUCUUUUGCCCACCUUUUGAUACAUCCAGUCAGGACUAACUGGAUUAUUUUUCUACAGUAGAAGCCUCAUCUGUAUGUGUGUCCUCUGCUGAUCAGAGACUAAAUCAAUCAGACUAAUUUGAAUCUGUUUUGAUUUCAAAGCUUUGCUACAACUCUUUGUGUCCAAUGUACUGAAUGUGAUUGAAUGUCCAUGGCUUUUAAUGGCAGCUGUGUUCUUGAUGCCUCUGUGGAUUAUAGCCCAGUGACGAGGACUCUUCAGAAUGUUUUCAAUGUAUAAUCUUCUCACGUUUGGGUGCCAUGUUUGUCUACUGCUAGUUUUUGUUUUGUCCAUUUUAUACAUUGUCUGAACUAUAGUAUAUGUGCCUUUCUAAACUGUGGAUACUCGUUUUGAUAAUUAGUUUUAAAAUAAUAAUCUUAAUGCACAAGAUGCUUGAUCUGUGAGUGUAGCAUAGUUACAAGUUGAAUUACUUCUCUGCAGCACUGGAAGUUUAUCAUUUCCCAAUUUUGUAUCUAUCAUUUGGUACAUGGGAAAAUGAGGCCACAAUUUAGUUAAAAGGGCAUUCCAUGAAUUUACUUGCUUGAAGAGAAAAUGUCUUUCUUAGUCUUUGAAGACUAAAUAAAACUUGCACUUUCAACCGAA